AACAAACGUUAGGAGGAGAGCGUGAUAAGACGUGCCUUUUUUUCUUUCUAUUCACCAUUUGCAUCGUGGAGGCAAACUGCGUCAUCAUUAACGAAGGCAACGAUUCGUAGAGAGCCGAACAAAACGUUUAUCCGCGGAAAUGAUUCCUCGCAGCGCCUCUUCACGAUUCCCAUCGACCUGGGGUACUGCGCAUGCCGUCAGCUGGCGUCGACGUUGGAUUCGGCAGUUGUGAGUUGAUAGUUGCCGCAGCGAGAAGCGUUUUCGCGAUGCUUUGCUCAAUAUUGACAUUCUUGGGGCUGUACAGCUUAGCCUGCUGGUUGUACGAAAACAUCCGCACGCCAGUUCUGCUAGUGGUCAAUGGGAUUCGCGCAUUGGUUCAGGGUAAUCGGCGCAGUUUGUCACAAACAUAUGGACCGUGGGCUGUGAUAACCGGCGGAUCAGAUGGAAUCGGGAAAGGUUACGCGAACUUUUUAGCCGGGCAGGGCAUGAAGGUGGCACUUGUUGCCCGCAAUGAAGCCAAAUUGAAGAAAGUUGCCGAAGAAAUCAGGAACAAACACGGGGUAGAGACCAAAAUUGUAGUGGCCGACUUUUCGAGGGGAGAGUCAAUCUUCGAUCAUCUUGAAAGAGAGUUAGUUUCCUUGGAUAUCGGAGUUCUAGUUAACAACGUGGGAGUCAUCAAUGAAAAACCUGUCAGACUAGAACGUAUGGAAAAGCGACUACUGUGGGAUUUAAUCAACGUUAACAUGGGAGCAGCGACGUUGCUGUGUAGAAUUUUAAUUCCUUCGAUGAAGCAGCGAAAACGUGGCCUGAUUAUCAACAUUUCAUCACUGGCAUCGCUGGCUGCAACGCCUUAUCUUACGGUUUAUGCUGCGACGAAAGCCUACAUGACUAGCUUUUCGGAUGGUCUUCGCGAAGAGCUCCGCCCUUUCGGUUUGGAGUGUCAGACCGUUUCACCAGGUUACGUGCGCACGAGUAUGACCGAGUACUUUGCCCCGGCGGAAGGUGAACCGAGCGAACUUUCAAAACGUGUUAUUAGUGUCAGUGAUAUGAUACGAUACGCGGGGUUCACGAUAAGCAAGGCAGAUACCACGACCGGGCAUUGGUUGCAUGGUAUUCAGACCGCUGUACUGAAAGCCUUUCCUCCGUCAUUACGGUUGAAGAUUUUUAGCGAACUAUACACACAACUCUUGGAAGAGUACUCUGACGAGAAGCAUAAAACAUCAUAAAUAAGCUAUUUCCGAUAAGCUGUUUCCUAACCAAAUUUGUAAAUAAAACAGGUACGUU